AUGUUACAAGAUAAAAUUUUAAUAUUCACGAUAUUGGCUGGUGGAACACAGGCGGGAUAUCUAUAUCAAAAACCAGCUAUACCAUUUGAACUGCCAGCAAGAGAGAGGGUAAAUGUACUGAAUCAAAAAACCGCCAACGAGAUCAUAUUUCAAUCACACGGAAGUGCGGUGUCGUAUUCUGUGCCAUUUGAGGACUAUCAUUUCCUGAAACAUCACAAAGCGGAAUAUCACAAUUCCCCUUACAACGAUCCCCAUGCUACCCACGAUUCUACAGUAUUACAGAAAAUAGUUCAACAAUCAGAAAAUACUUACGCAAAACCUAAUGCAGUGUCAAGUGAACCAGUAUUAAUUCCCAACCAAAAUGUUCCCACUGAAGGCAAUAUCGCGAUAGAGCAGAAUGUAAUUCAACCAUCGGAAAAUGUUUUCGCAAAACCUAAUAUAGUGCUACGUGAACCAGUUUUAAUUCCGAAUCAAAAUGUUAACAAUGAAGGCAAUGUCGCUGUAGUACAGAAUGUAAUUCAUACUGAUGUAGUGUCAAAUGAACCAGUUUUAAGUGUCAACCAAAAUGUUAACAAUGAAGGCGAUGCCGCAAUAGUACAAAAUUUAAUUCAACAAUUAGAAAAUGCAUUCGCAAAACCUGAUAUAGUGCCAAAUGAACCAAUUUUAAUUCCCAACCAAAAUGUUAACAAUGAAGGCAAUGUUGCAAUAAUACAAAAUUUAAUUCAACAAUUACAAAGUGGUUUUGCUAAGCCCGAUGAAUUGCCAAGUGACGGUAAUGUAGCUAUAGUACAAAAUGUAAUUCAACAAACUGAAUCAAGUUUCGCUAAUAACGCUCCUAUUAACAAUCAGUUAGCCAGCAUUACCGACAACCAUGCAGUAAUACAGAACACAAUUCAGCAGUCAGAAGCCGCAUAUCUUCAGCCAGAUGUACGGGAUACUGUUGAACCAACCAUUACUAAGCAUAUUUAUUUUCACGUUCCACCACCUGAUAUUGAAGAAAUACCCGUGUACCGACCUCCUGUACCUCCGAAAAAGAUCUAUAAGAUAAUAUUUGUUAAAGUACCUAAUCAAGAAUCUGCAAAUACAGUACAAUUACAGCAAGCUCUUUACAAUCGAAUAGCCCCUGUCGAAGAAAAGACUUUAAUAUACGUCCUAGCUAAUAGGCCUGAACCUGUACAAGUUUUACCUUUGCCACCAAAACCAAAACCCUCUGAACAUGAAGUAUUCUUUGUGAAAUAUAGAGCCAACAAGAUAAGUGCUCCUUUACCCGAACCCGGUAAUUUGUUGCAAGAAAAUACUGAUUUAAACGUGGAACCAAUUUUACAACCAGGAUUGGUAAAUGGCAAGCGUUAA